UACACAAAUCCGACAGAGUCAAUCGCCUCGUACCCCCUGUUGCUAUCUCGUGAAAACAGUUUUUCGCGGACUAUUUUUUAAGUUUGUCCAUAUACGAUACGACCCGCUUGUCGUUGACGACUUUCCUACAAGUUUAUCAUUUCUCUGUCGGUUUUUCAUUGUUAAAAACAAAUUUGAUUAAGAGAGAUUCUUCGAAGUUCUCAAAAUCAGACCGGUCGAAGAAGACAACCCGUUCCUCCUUAAGAUACUCCGAAUCUCCUCUUCCAUCUGGCCGUUUGCUGAGAAACCUCACGUGGCCGAUUUCUACGCCGAUGUUGUCCCAUACUCCUUAAAUGAUAGUCUCUCCAAUUGGCAAGAAGCCUAGCACUGGGCGUCAAGACCGAUCAGCACAUUAUAAAGGGAAAGGAAGUCGCUAUUACCCCUCAUACGGAGUGAGCUCCGAUUGUGAAGAGGAGACGAGUUCUCCUGGAGUUGUGUCAAGAAGCGGGAUAUAUCAGCACACUUAUCAGCAGCCUGCCGGACUUUCUGACACGCCGACAUCAGAAGCGAGCGACGCGACGCUCACAGAUUCAGAACUCGCCCUUGCCCGCGACUCAACCCUUCUCGUACACAACGGUUGCUUGUUUGAUUCAGUACCUGAUGUGCCUCCUCGAAAUCCAGCAAUGAAUAGGCACAAUGGAAGGCUUCCUGCAUCCCAUCCUCCCCAUGAGCUUGACUUUGAACCUUCUUGUGUAGUCCGUUCCUCAUCUGGCAGUGUAUAUAUUCCUUCAGAUAUACCAAAAGGAACAUUAGAUUACAAGUCCAAUUCAUCUUGUAGUAGUCCGUCAAAAGCUGAAAUGCAAAAGAAUACCGAAAGAUGCUCGCUCGGUUUUGGGCCUCCAGUUCCAGUAUUACCAGUGAGGAGUAAUAUCCGUAGGCCAAACUCGAAUCAUCACUUUCCACCUCCACGUUUUCAAUUUCAGAAAAGUCUUACCUCAAAGUGUUCAUGGAAAUGUGCAGCUAUCGUUUGCAUUAUACUUUCACUUGUUUUAACAGCAGCGUUAACGUACAUGGCCAUGUCUGACAUUUUGAACUGGUCAUAUAACCCAAAAGCUUGCUCUGUUUUGGUGGACGAUGAGGAAUUAAGUGAGACACUUGUUAAAAGUUUGCCGGAAGGGACUGUAAGGAAUACAACUCGUGCUAAGCCAUCAACGUCUGCUUCCGCUGGAGGUAGGGAAGGUCCAUAUAAAAUCAAAGCAAGGCAACGUAGAGAUUUAGCCUUGCAUGCUCCCAGUGUUUUGCAUGAAGUAAGGCAUGCUUCACCCUCAAAAGGCACAGAGAUUAAUCACACUAACACCCCCCUACCUCAUUCCGAUAAAAAAGUUACAAAUGAUAAAAGUAUUAAUUUACAAAGUACAAUACAGACAUACUCAACCAUGGCGAAAAGGAAAGGAUAUAUGAAUAGUUUCACAAACAACAGAUUGGUCUCUUCUAACAACCUGAUGAGCAUGAAAAAAGAAAGCUUUCUCGAUGAAAAAAAGAAAACUUAUCUCAAACCUGAUGAUCCACAGUUAACAUUACAACAGUUGAAAGGAAUCCAACGAAACAUUUUGAAAAAUGGCAUAUUUGAAAAAGUUUUGUUUAAUGCUAUUGGGCCAGAUUCCAAGGUUAAUCCAGAGAAAUUAUCAAAGAAAAGCAUCCAUGCUUAUUCUUCACUUGGUGCUAAUAAUUUUAAAGAUGCCCAAGUUAAAAACAAACAGCCUAUAACCAUUAGUUUCAAAACCUCGCUAAAAGAUCAUUUUAAAUCUCAGUUACAGCACACACCUACCAACUCUGAUGAGUUAUACCAAAAUGACAAGUUUCAGUCAGAUUACAGUGCACGUGAUGCAUCGAAUGCAAUAGUAAGAAAAACAAGACAUUUCAAUUCCAACCAAAGGAUCAGUGUUCAGAAAGAAAUUAAUUUUCAAUCUAACAGUGACAUAGUCUUCUUAAAACCUGAGACUUCAAAUCAUCCAUCAUAUGUUUAUAAUGUAUAUAACAAAGGUGAAACAACAGACAAAUUGAAAUACGAUCAUUUUGUGAACGAAAAUGCGCAAGAGCAUCUGCCAAAAUCUGAAUCCUCUUCUCAUAUUACCCAUAAUACGACUAAUAAACAUAUUUUCAUUAACUUUUCUAAUCCUAAAAACCAUGAAGAGCACGAUACUAAAAUUAUUGUUAAUAUAACAAUUGGAACUCAGCAUUUUAGCAAAGAAGAAACUAAAAAUAAUAGCCUAUAUGUCAUUUCACUUUCCUUACCAGGUGGUAAUCAUUACGAUUUUAAUAACAAACUUUACGUUAAAAAUAAUAAACUCUCAACUACUUCCAAUCCGCCAACAACAAAAAUACCCUCUACUAAAGGGUACUAUUCACUUGGCGGAGUUUGUGAGUGUUCCUGUCCAGAUAACAACGGUGGAAUGAAUGACAAAAAUAUUUCAGGUCUAGCAGAAGAUAGCACUGAAUAUUUUACAGAACCUUUUGCAAGCACAACAGAUGAUCCUAAUGUGUUAACAUCCUCAUCAGAUAUUAAUAUUUAUGAAAGUACGACUGAAGACGGUUUUCCAAAAGUUGACAUUUCUUAUGAAUAUGAUCAGACAACAGAUCAAGAAAGUACAACAGCUAACGAAUCAAUCUUUCCUUCACUUGCAAAUGAUUCAGCGACAACUUACGAUACAAAUUCUUACAUUUCGACUACAGAAAAUUAUGAGGAUGUCAGCACUUCAUUAUCAUGUCCAGAGGUGACACCGCCACCUCCAGUCAUUUUAUUACUUGAAGGUGGGAAAACAUUUCCUGCUCGAUCGUUCCCUCCAGAUGGAACUACUUUUGCACAAAUUACAUUAGGAAAGCAGUUAACAAAUGAAAUCCCUCCUUAUGGUUAUUGGAAUAUGCAGUUUUACCAAUCUGAGCCUGCGUAUGUUAAGUUUGAUUAUAAUAUACCAAGAGGAGCCAGCAUAGCAGUUUACGGAAGAAGGAAUGCUUUACCUACGCAUACGCAAUACCAUAUACUGGAAGUUUUAAACGGUUUUAAGGCACGGAGUACUCGUGCUUCUCAUUCUGUUGUUAAAAAAGAAGUAACGCAUUACUUGGAACCAGGACAUUGGUUUCUUUCUUUGUAUAAUGAUGACGGUGAUCCCCAAGAAAUUGUUUUCGUUGCUUCAGUUUCAGAAGAUAUGACGCAAAGCUGUCCAGGCGGUUGUAGUGGGAAAGGUCAAUGUUUAGUCGGCCAUUGCCAAUGCAAUCCUGGUUUCGGUGGAGAAGACUGUAGUGAAAGUGUAUGCCCUGUGCUAUGCAGCCAACGAGGAGAGUAUAUAAAUGGCGAGUGCCAAUGCAAUCCAGGCUGGAAAGGGAAAGAAUGCAGUUUACGACAUGACGAAUGUGAAGUGCCUGAUUGCAAUGGACACGGACAAUGCACUAACGGUAAAUGUGUUUGUGCCCGCGGGUACAAAGGUCGAUUUUGCGAAGAAGUCGACUGUCCUCAUCCGACAUGCAUGGGCCAUGGUUAUUGCGCAGAAGGAGUGUGUUUGUGCAAAAAAGGAUGGAAAGGCACGGAUUGUAGCGAGACAGAUAACGAGGCUUUGCAGUGUCUUCCGGACUGUUCAGGACACGGGCAAUUUGACGUUGAAACUCAAACCUGCACGUGUGAACCUAUGUGGUCAGGCGAGGACUGCUCCAGAGGUGAGAGGCGAAAGCAUUUCAUAGAACUGUGCGAUCUAGAUUGUGGACCCCAUGGGCAUUGUGUGGGAGAUGCUUGUGUCUGUAUGUCUGGUUGGGGAGGAGAAUAUUGCAACAUGAAACAAUGUGAUCAAAGGUGUAAUGAGCAUGGCCAAUGUAAAAACGGCACCUGCCUUUGUGUUACUGGAUGGAAUGGUAAGCACUGCACCCAAGAAGGUUGUCCGCAUGGAUGUUCAGGUCAUGGCCAAUGCCGCGUAAAUAGCGAUAGCCUCUGGGAAUGUCGUUGCAGUGAUGGAUGGGACGGACGAGACUGCAGCGUUUUAUUAGAACAAAACUGCAAUGAUGGAAAGGACAACGAUAAAGAUGGUCUUAUGGAUUGUGAAGACCCUGAAUGUUGUUCUAACCAUCUCUGUCGGAGCAGUCAGCUCUGUGUUUCAGCACCGAAACCAAUCGAUAUCUUACUCCGUAAACAACCUCCGGCAAUAACAGCGUCAUUUUUUGAAAGAAUGAAAUUUCUAAUUGAGGAAGGGAGCUUGCAAAAUUAUGCUCGGCAAGAAUCUUUUAACGAGAGUGUGUUUUGGAACCACUUCAAUGCAAGCCGUGCAGGUGUUGUCAGAGGACGUGUUGUCACUACAAUCGGCAUGGGACUGAUGGGUGUGAGAGUUAGCACGUCGAAAUCAGAAGGGUUCACAUUGACAAGAGAAGAUGGUUGGUUUGAUUUGUUAGUUAACGGAGGAGGAGCGGUAACGUUACAAUUUGGCCGGAGCCCUUUCAGACCUCAAAGCUAUAUUGUUAAUGUACCCUGGAAUGAAGUUGUUAUAAUUGAUACUGUGACUAUGUGGACUGGUGAAGACAAGCCUACACAACUUGGCCCUCAUGCAUGUCGAGCUCAUGAUUACGACACAAUGAGGGCAGUUGUCUUAGCAACUUGGAAGCAUGGAUUUCAAGGCUCCUGCCCUGACAAAAGUGCUAUUCUAGUCGAAUCACAGGUUGUUCAAGAAAGCUUCCAAAUCCCUGGAACUGGGUUGAACCUUGUUUAUCACAGCUCGAGAGCUUCGGGCUACCUGUCUACCAUCCAACUGCAACUUACACCUGAAAAAAUACCCCAAAGUUUAAAACUCAUCCAUUUACGUAUAACAAUCGAGGGGAUUCUAUUCGAAAAGACCUUUGAAGCUGAUCCCGUCAUCAAAUUUACAUACGCUUGGAAUAGGCUUAACGUUUAUAGGCAACGUGUUUAUGGAGUGACUACAGCGCUGGUGAAAGUUGGCUAUGAAUAUGCAGAUUGUAAAGAUGUAAUGUGGGACGUUCAAACCACAAAACUCAGUGGACACGAUAUGAGCAUUUCUGAAGUCGGUGGAUGGAAUCUAGAUAUUCACCAUCGGUAUAAUUUUCAUGAAGGAAUCCUUCAAAAAGGAGAUGGAACAAAUAUCUAUUUGAAACAUAAACCUCGUGUUGUUAAAACAACGUUGGGUGAUGGCCACCAGCGUCCUCUUGACUGUACUGACUGCGAUGGAACUGCUGGAACCAAACAAAGACUGCUCGCGCCAGUUGCUCUUGCAUCGGCCCCUGAUGGAUCAAUUUAUGUUGGUGACUUCAAUCUUGUCAGGAGGAUAAUGAUCGAUGGAAGUGUUCGAACUGUUGUUAGAUUAAAUGUUACAAGAGUUGCAUAUCGAUACCACAUCGCAUUAAGUCCAUUGGAUGGUACUUUAUACAUCUCUGAUCCAGAAUCUCAUCAGAUUUUACGAGUUCGUUACACUGAUGACUUUUCCGACCCUGAAAGAAAUUGGGACACAGCUGUUGGUUCUGGAGAAAGAUGUUUGCCAGGAGAUGAAGCUCACUGCGGUGAUGGUGCCCUCGCCAGAGAUGCUAAACUUGCUUACCCUAAAGGAGUUGCAGUGUCAGCUGACAAUGUAUUGUAUUUUGCUGAUGGCACUAAUAUAAGGAUGGUUGACCGUGAUGGAAUAGUAACCACUGUUAUAGGAAAUCAUAUUCAUAAAAGCCACUGGAAGCCUAUUCCUUGUGAAGGAACAUUAAAUGUUGAAGAAGUUCAUUUAAGAUGGCCAACUGAUUUAGCUAUCAACCCUCUGGACAAUUCCUUGCAUAUUGUUGAUGAUCAUAUGGUUUUAAAGUUAACUGGUGAUGGAAGAGUUAAAGUCGUAGCUGGUAGACCUUUACACUGCCAAGCACGAGGUUUGGACUCUGAACUCGCUACUCAGGCUACACUUGUAAUGCCACAAAGCAUUGCAUUUUCACCAUCAGGUGAUCUCUACAUUGCAGAAAGUGAUUCACAGAGGAUCAAUAGAGUUCGAGUAGUUGGAACUGAUGGAAAGAUAAGCCAUUAUGCUGGUGCUGAAUCAAAGUGUAAUUGCUUAGAUAGAGGUUGUGACUGUUUUGAACAAGACCAUUUCUUAGCGUCAACUUCUAAAUUCAAUACGAUUUCAUCAGUGGUCGUCUCGCCUGAUGGAAUUCUUCACAUUGCUGACCAAGCAAAUUACAGGAUAAGGUCGGUAAUUGCAAGCAUACCAGAAGCGAAUCCAUCUCGAGAGUACGAAGUUUACUCUCCAGAAACGCAAGAGCUUUACGUUUUCAACAGAUUCGGACAGCACAUUGCCACUAAAAAUAUACUCACUGGAGAAACCAGCUACAUGUUUACAUACAAUGUUAACACAAGCAAUGGAAAAUUGAGCACGGUGACCGACACCGCUGGAAACAAAGUCUUUUUACUUCGCGAUUAUACUAGUCAAGUCAAUUCAAUAGAAAACACUAAAGGUCAAAAAUGCCGACUGAGGAUGUCAAGAAUGAGAUUACUUAAUGAACUAAGUACACCAGAUAAUUACAAUGUUACACUUGAUUAUCACGGGCCAACUGGAUUAUUGCGAAGUAAACUGGAUUCAGCUGGAAGAUCCUAUGUGUAUUCGUACGACGAGUUUGGCCGACUCACCACGGCUGUCACGCCAACAGGGAAAGUUAUCAAAUUAUCGUUUGAUUUAAGCCAGAAGGGUGCUAUGGUACAAGUUUCUCACGAUAGUUAUCAGCCUACAACUAUGAUUAUCAAAGGUGCUUCUGUAUCAACAAAACUAGGAGAAGCAGAGAAAAAGACGUUUGUAUCUAGUGAUGGCAGCGUAACAACUGUAUGGCCUUGGGGUCAUAUAAUCAGCACAGACACAGUGGCUUAUUCAGUGCUUGGGGAAAUCGACCCUGUACUAGGAGAAAGCUAUCCAGUCCCAGCCAAACAAAAAACAGAAAUUGGAGGUGACCUUGCUAAUAGAUUUGAAUGGCGAUAUUUCAUGAGAAGAGCACCAGGAGCUAAAACUAGAACUUCAGGCAAAGGAGUAAUUCAAGUAGGCCGCAAGCUAAGAGUAAACGGUGAAAAUUUACUAACUCUUGAAUACGAUCGUGGAACUGGCACAGUCGCUGUUUUCUUUGAUGAAAGGGUUGAGUUAAUUAACGUGACAUAUGAUAAAACAGCAAGACCUGUUAAGUGGGGACCAAGAAAUGGAAUAUUUGCUGGGGUUGAACUUGAGUACGAUAGAUUUAGCAGGCUUAGUACUUGGAAAUGGGGAGAACUAAGUGAAAGUUAUGUGUUCGAUCGUGCUGGACGUUUAUCUGAAAUACGGUAUGCAGAUGGCACAUCGACACUCUACGCAUUUAAGGACAUGUUCAGCAGCUUGCCACUUAAAGUUACAACACCAAGAGGAAGUGAUUAUUUAUUACAAUACGAUGACGCAGGAGCUUUACAAUCAUUAACAACUCCUAGAGGGCACAUACAUACAUUCUCUUUACAGACAUCACUGGGUUUUUUCAAAUACCAAUAUUAUUCGCCGAUGAGCAGACAUCCGUUUGAAUUAAGGUACAAUGAUGAUGGGCAAAUUUUAGCCAAAUUAUAUCCACAUCAGUCUGGUCGAGUGGCAUAUGUAUAUGACCAAUCUGGAAAACUGGACACUGUGUUGGCAGGGUUAUCGUCUAUUCACUAUACAUAUCAAGAGAGCACUAAUCUUGUUAAAAAUAUUGACAUUAUAGAGCCCAGUUUUGAACUAAAACAUGAAUUUAGAUACCACAUAGGAAUUCUCAAAGAUGAAAAACUCAAGUUUGGAAGUAAAUCAGGACUUCAUAAUACACACUACAGAUAUCAGUACGAUGGAAACGCCCGUAUAUCUGGUAUUGAUGUCGACAUCGACGGUAAAGAAUUGUCACAACUGAGAGUCAAAUACUCUCAGAAUCUUGGCGUACUUGAAGGCAUCAGUGAUUUAAGGAUAUAUCGAAACAGCUUCAACAGAUCCGUCAUACAAGACGCCGGAAAGCAGUUCUUUACAAUUACUGAAUAUGAUUCUCAUGCAAGAAUAAAAACUGUUUUAGUAAAUAUCAAAAGUAUAGAUGUAUUCAGAAUGGAAUUAGAUUAUGACGUGAGAAGUAGAAUUAGUUCUAUUAAAAUACAAACUCAUAGAGCCACAACUACAGAACGUAUUACAUACAGCGCCGAUGGGCAUGUGAUGGAGGUUAUUGGUGAAAGUGAAUGGAAAUUUGUAUAUGAUGAAAAUGGUAAUAUCAUUAGUAUAAUGGAUAAAGGCAGGAAGCUUACGCUCGGAUAUGACAGUGGGGAUCGCGUUGUCCAGGUCGGAGAUGUUGAACUCAAUGGAUACGACGCCAGAGGAUUUGUGGUUCGAAGGGGUGAAACCAAACUCCGUUACAAUGAGCUUGGUCAAUUGAGCAGUGCGACUGAAAAUGAACAUUUUACUGCAUGGUAUCGUUACGAUGAUAGAGGAAGGUUGAUAGCUAUUCAUAAUGCCCAAGGGAACACGUAUCAACUUCUAUACUCAGACCCGAUGAGACCUGACCUCGUAACACAUUUACACUUCCCACACAAUGGGCAGACCUUUAAAUAUUUAUAUGAUGACCGAGGAAUCCUUGUCGCUAUAGAAACAACCGAGCUAAGGAUUUAUGUUGCAUCUGAUCAAAAUGGUUCUCCGCUUUCUUUCUUCGAUGCCAACGGGAACAUCAUAAAGGAAUUCAGACGGUCUCCAUUCGGACAUUUAAUUUCAGACACCAACCCUGAUUUCUUAGUGCUUGUUGGUUAUCAAGGAGGCAUCCCGGAUCCUCACACAGGAUUUUUGUACCUGCGUAAACGCUGGUAUGAUCCGAUGUUCGGCCAGUGGAUCACACCAGAAUGGGAAAGACUGGCUAAUCAGCUAACAUCGCCUACCGAUAUAUUUAUAUAUAGAUUCCAGAAUAAUGACCCAAUAAAUCCACUGAAUCGACAGACUGUCAACUACAUGACAGACUUGGGAAGUUGGCUUAAACUUUAUGGUUAUGACAUUGAAAACAUUCUUGGUUCAUCUUAUGUGAAGCAGAUGGUUUAUCAACCGACUGCCAAGGUCACAUCUCCUCAGUUAGCACCAGAUUUCGGUGUUAUGUCCGGACUUCAAUGCAUAAUUGAUAGGGUUUCUGAUAAAUUCAAGUCACUUGGAUUUGUACCUCAGCCUUUAUUGAAAAUGGAAGCGAGGACCAGAAACCUUCUACCUAGAGUUGCCUACCGAAGGUCGGUCUUUGGAGAAGGGGUGCUUUUGUCAAGAGUCAAUGGGAGAGCCUUAGUUUCGGUUGUUGAAGGAGUCAACACAGUCGUCCAAGAUGUCGUAACAUCAGUUUUUAACCAUUCACAUUUUCUAGACCUUCAUUUUACCCAGCAUGAUCAAGAUAUGUUUUAUUUUGUCAAGGAUAAUGCACUAAAACUGAAAGACGAUUUGGAAGAAUUGAGAAGACUCGGUGGGAUGUUUAAUGUUUCAACGCAUGAAACAGUAGAUGGAAAAGAGCUAAGAUUGCACAGUUCAGAUGCAGUCGUAUCGAUUCGUUAUGGAGCUGAUCCACAGCAGGAGCGCCACCGCUUAUUGAAACACGCUCAUAAAAGGGCGGUCGAACGAGCUUGGGAGAUCGAAAAGACGUUAGUCUCUUCCGGACUUUCAGGACGGGGAGAGUGGACGGAGGAAGAGAGAGAAGAGCUGCUCCUAAGAGGGAGGGUAGAAGGGUAUGACGGUGUCGAUAUCCACAGCGUUCAGAGGUAUCCUCAGCUUGCAGAUGAUCCAGGAAACGUUACGUUUCGAAAUGACGAAAAACAUAAAAGAAAACGACGUACCCACCAUCACGACUCGACUUGAAUUCAUAACAUAGGACUGUAAAUACUGUGAUAAAACAACCUUGUGUUCUAUUCAACUAUCAUUGCAAUCAAUUUGCUUAUUUUUAUAAAUUGUUUUCUUGUAUAUAUUAUAAAUAUAUUAUAAAAAAAUCUUUACCUAUAAUUAUCGCUAAACUUCCAGAAAUAGUUAUGUACACAAGUUUAAAUGGAUGAAUGAUUCAAAGAGAAUGUGAAGCUAUUCGUCACAGCUCGGACAAAUGUCGAGUGUAUUGUAGUGUCAAGGCCAAUGUCUUUUUUGCUAUUCUACUCAUGACCUUUGUUUAAACGCUACUAUGGAGUGUUCGUUGUAUUUAUGACUGAGGUAGACAUGUUUUGCAUAUGUAGCACCAACUCAGCAUAUGAAUUUUUAAUUUGUGAUGAUUUUUUUGCUAAUAAAUAGAAAACAAAAAUUUUUACAUCUAAGUAAUGAACUCAUAAGAACAUUAUACUUUUGUACUAUAUUUUUUAAUAAACUACAAGGUGUUGUUUUAUUAGAUUUUAUGUUAUAAAAUUAAUAAAAAUUUAAUGUACAGUGCUGUGAGUGUAGGCUUAAAAGUGAACAUUCGGGUGUAAAUAUUUUUUUUUUGGAAGUGAAAUUAGUGAGAAAUUAAAAAAAAAGGAUUCUUUUUUUCUUGCCUAUGAAGUUAAAUGCACUGUACUUACAAGCAUGGAAUUAAAGCAAGAAGAAUGAAGGCAAGAUUUUUUUUAUGACGGUUUAAGCGGUUUAUUAUCUUAAGUGUAAAAAAAACCCUGAAGUUACAUCUUGAACUUCGAAAAAUUUAUAAUAUAAUAUUUGUAUUUAUUGUACCAUGAUAUGUGUAAUAUUGAUAGUAAAUUGUUAGCUUUCUAGAAGCUGUUAAGAUUAUAAAUGAUCCUGAUUGUAUUAAAGCUUUGCCAUGUAAUCUUGUGUAACUUCAUUAAUUGAAUGUUUUUUAGUUACCAUGUCCCUUUAGUAUACUAUGAAGUGUUUACACAAGAAUUAUGUUGUUCCAUAGGUGCAGGAUGAUGACAAUCUAGUUUUUAAUUGCUUCCUCGUUUUAUACUCAAUUUUUCCAGAGUUAGCGGCCUAUGUGGAUUCAACGUUUUUAAUUUUACUUUCUAUUUUUUUUUUUUUAAUUUUUAAUUUUCCUAGCAAUAUAAUGCAUACAUUUAUAAAAGCUAUUACAGGGUAGUUUUAUCAUUUUUUACAGCACCUUGUGCUCAAGAGAUUUUCUUUUUGUUUUACUGUUAAUUUUUUUCUAAAUGUCUAGUCGCUUAUGAUGUGACUGUCAGAUUAGUGUAACGUCAAAAACAAUUAUGCAUCUAGGAACACAAUGUGUUUUAAUUUCCCAUAGUUAUUUAUUUGUUAUUUUUAAAGAUAUAUCUAGGAGGAAGAAAUCAAGAAGUAAUUUAUUUUUACAGUUAGUAUAUUUAUAU